GUCGCUUUCCUAAGGCGCUGGCUUUUGGUUCCCGUGGCGCUGUGGGCGGAGCCGGGUUGCAGCGCCGAGCAUAUCGCGAAGGACUUCCCUGCUAUGGAUCCGGGUGCUCGGCGAAUUUGUGACUUCCGAUCUCUGCAGCGGGACGACCCGCUCCAGAGUUUCAAGAACGCCCUUCAGACGGGGAAUUUUGUGGACGCAGAGGUCUUCUUCGAAAAGAUCUCUUUGGUGGGUCUCCCACGAAGCUCUUGGGGCUAUGCCAUGCUGGUUCAAGGUUGGGCCCGACAGGGCAACCUCCAGGGCGCUCAAAGGUGGCUGGCGCGGAUGGUGGCGGAUGGGUACACGCCUCCGGAACGCUGCUACCUCACCCUGAUCUCCGAACAUUGCAAAGCAGGCGAGCUUUCUUCCGCGGAGUCUCUGCUAUCCGAGCUGCUUCGGCCGGUUUACCCGAAGAAGGCGAAAACGGUCGGAUGCACACUGCUGAUUGUCGCUUACGGCAAGCUGGGGAAGUGCAAAGAAGCAGAGAGCGUGAUGCGCCGGAUGGAGGAGUGCCACGUCAAGGCAUCCUUGGUGAGUUUCGGCGCGAUGAUCGAUGCCUGCGCAAAAGCAGGGCUGCCCGAGAAAGCGUUUCAGUGGCACACCCAAAUGCUUGAAGAGGGCCUGCCUCCGAAUGUUCGCACUUUCACUGCCUUGAUCAAUGCUUGUGCGAAGGUCGGCGACAUCAACGGUGCUCUAGGUGUUAUGCAAAGCAUGGAGGCAGUCGGCGUGCUCGCCGACACGGUGACCUACAGCAGCCUGCUGGAUGCCUGCGCGAAGCAAGGUGACCCGGAGUGUGCGCAGCAGAUCUUCGAAAUCAUGCGCCAGCAGGGCGUUCAGCCAAACAUUGUGUCCUACACUUCUCUGGCACGAGCAUAUGCACUCAAGGGCAUGUGGUGCGAGGUUGAGCACCUAGGCGACUGCCUGGAGAAG